GAGAAAGUGAUUUCCCUGCUUGCUGUCUGCCACUCAUUUGCUGCAUCUCUUUGGGACCACACACCAACUCUCCAAGAUGUGGGCAAAGACAAUUACAGGAAAUUUUGCCAAUGUAAUUCAUGGUUUGAAUGCAAACCACUUGACAGAUCAAGUUAUUCAGAGAAGCAAGCGAAUGAUUCUGGAUACUCUUGGAGUGGGGCUUCUGGGUACCAGAACCGAGGUCUGCCACAAAGUGACACAGUACAGCAAGAUCUACAGCUCAGAUACAUCCAGCACCAUCUGGGGCCACUUGGAUUUCCAACUGCCUCCUCUGUAUGCAGCUUUUGUGAAUGGAGUGGCUGUGCACUCAAUGGAUUUUGAUGAUACGUGGCACCCAGCCACACACCCAUCUGGAGCCAUCCUCCCUGCUGUGAUUGCACUCUCAGAGGCCUUUCCUCAGAAGAAAAAAAUCUCAGGUCUUGAUCUGCUCUUAGCUUUCAAUGUGGGAAUUGAAGUGCAAGGCAGGCUGCUGCGCUUCUCCAGCGAAGCCAGGAAUAUUCCAAAAAGGUUUCACCCACCAACUGUGGUUGGUACGAUGGGAAGUGCAGCAGCUUGUGCUAAACUGCUAGCUUUUGACCGGCUGAAAUGUAAAAACACUUUGGCUAUUGCUGCCUCUUAUGCGGGUGCCCCACUGGCUAAUGCAGCAACCCAAACAAAGCCCCUCCACGUUGGCAAUGCUGCCAAGCACGGACUGGAAGCAGCCUGCUUAGCAUCCCAGGGCCUUCAAGGAAACAAACAGAUCUUGGACAUGGAGUCAGGGAUAGGUGCCUUUUACACAGAUUACAACCCACAGACUCUGCCAAACUUGCAGUCCUAUCCCUGGCUGUUAGACCAACAAGACGUGGCCAUCAAACGCUUUCCUGCUCAUCUUGGAACACACUGGGUGGCAGAUGCAGCAUCUUCUGUUAGAAGGAAGCUUGUAGAGAGCUGUGACAACUUGCUCCCUCUUGAUAAAAUUGAAAAAGUCAUUCUGAAAGUCCCAGAAGUCAAAUAUGUGAACAGACCCAGCCCUACCUCAGAGCAUGAAGCUCGACACUCCUUCCAGUUUGUUGCAUGCUCUGCUUUGCUGGAUGGCAGCAUGUCAGUCCAGUCCUUUGCCAACGAGAACAUUCACCGGCCAGCCUUACGGGAGCUCCUUGGCAAAACACAGCUGGAGCACCCUACAGAUAAUACACCCAGCUUUGAAAGCCUUUACUGUGAGGUGUGUGUCACACUUCGGGAUGGCACUACAAUCAGCGACCGCUGUGAUACAUUCUAUGGACACUGGAGGAAACCUCUGAAAAAGGAGGACUUGGAGAAAAAGUUUCAAUCCAAUGCUUCCAGCGUCCUGCCUGCAGAAGCCACAGAACGCAUUAUAGAGACCGUGUACAACCUGGAAAAAGUAGAGGAUUGUUCUGUGUUAAGUACAUUUUUAUCGGGACAGUGAGCUAGAGCGCUUUUGGAGGAGCUGUGCUUCCUUUAAGUGUUCCAACUAACAGCUAGACACUGUUCACAAGGCAAACACAAAAUUCAGGUCAAUCUCUUAUUUAGUGACUCAAGCACCUUUAAAUCGGACUCUUCUAACACAAGCACCAUGCUUAGUCCAAUAUUGUGGGUUUGACUAAGUAAAUAACUUAGCAAUUAUGUGCACGGCUCAGUCAGGCUGAACAGAAGAUCCUUUGUUGACACAGUCAACUUUAAUUAUCCAUAUACCUCUAGAGGCAGAGUAGUGCUUGUGUAUGACACAAAAAUUGCCUACUCUUCUGCCAAAAAAUAAGGUCUUUAUGUUCUGUUUCUGGUAAAUAAUUCCAUAAAGAAAAUCCACAUUUUGAAGGAGUAUGGAAAUGUCAUAUCUGUGAGAAACACCACUGUGAGAAGGACAGAGAAUAAAAGCCUUUAUAUAUUUAUUUCUAUACGUUUAGCUCUAAAGCCUCCUUGAAGAGGCCAUCUCUUAUAUCCCAGCUUUGAUGUUUAUGCUAAUAUAAAGAUGGAGUACAAACAGAAUAGUAGCACUUGAUACAUCAGGCUUUGCUGUGAUGAUUGAUCUUGCAUUGACAAGGUAAAUGUUAGCACCCUUCCUGAUCGUGCCAGCUAAGCAACAGGGACAACUCAACACUCCUCAGCACAAAAGUGUUAUUUCCCAGUUCUGUCUCUUGGCUACUGUGUGGUGCAGGUUUAUUCCUGCUGUAUUCUUGAUCCAGUUACAAGGACACUCACUCAACAUGACUUAAUUAGCACUAAUUAGGAACAACACAGUUAGAUUACUUCAGGCACUGCAAAGCAUGAGCUACAGUACCCUCAUUAUGACUGCCAGAGACCUGUGAGGACCGGAACACUUUCUUGUGCUGAGACAAUUAAGCAUCCACAGUGACAAUCAACUUUCCUUGAUCAUGAACUCUGGGGAAUUUUAGUUCCUUCAUGAGAACAAAGCCUUGCAGAUUGUUCUUCUAAGAGAGGCUGAUGACCUUUGCUCACAUUUAUAAGAUCAAAGCACAUCUUCUAGCAUACAUAAAAUGUAUCUUCCUUGGAGCAUUAAAACAUGUACGCAAAAAGUCACAAAAUAAAGUUUAUCCACCUUACUAGCUUGUGCUGCUUUUGGCUAGGAUAGACUUAAUUUUCUUCCUAGUAGCUCGUAUGGGGCCACAUUUUAGAUUUGUGCUGGAAAAAGGGUUGAUAAUACAGGGAUGUUUUGGCUGUUGCUAACUAGGGCUUACACAGAGUCAAAGACUUUUCUGCUGCUCAACCUACCAGCAGAGCAGGUAGGUUGCACAAGAAGUUGGGAGGGGACCCAGCUGACCCUAACUGACAAAAGGCAUAUUCCUCACUGAAGGACAUCAUGCUCAGCUGUGGUGGGUUGACCCCAGCUGGACACCAGGUACUCACUAAAGCUGCUCUACCAUUCCCCCUUCUCAGCUGGACGGGGGAGAGAAAAUACAUCAAAGUGCUCAUGGGUUGAGAUAAGGACAGAAAGAUCACUCACCCAUUACCACUACCGGCAAACCAAACUAGACUUUGGAAAAAAAAAAUAUUACCAAUCAAAUCAGAGUAGGAUAAUGAGAAAUAACUAAAUCUUAAAACAUCUCCCCCUCAACUAGCCCUUCUUCCUGGGCUUAGCUUUACUCAUGAGUUCUUUACCUCCUUCCCCAGGCAGCACAGGGCAACAAGAGGUGGGUGUUUUGGUCAAUUCAUUAAACAUUGUCUCUGCCACUCCUUCCUCUUCAGGAGGAGGACUACUCACGCUUGUCCCCUGCUCAAGCAUGGGGUCACUCCCAUGGGAGACAGCCCUCCAUGAAUUUUUCUAAGGUGAGUCCUUCCCACAGGCUACAGUUCUCCCUUCCCACACAGCGCAGUCCUUGAGGAACAGACUGCUCCAGCACGUGUGUGUGUGUCCCCAGGGUCACAGGUGCUGCCAGCAACCCUUCUCCAGCAUGGGCUCCUCUCUCCUCAGGUCCUGCCAAGAAUCUCCUCCAGUGUGGGCUUUCCACAGAGCUACAGCCUCCUUCAGGUAGCCACCUGCUUCAGCAUGAGGUCCUCCACGUGCUGCAGGUGGAUAUCUACUCCACCGUUAACCUCCAUGGGCUGCAGGGGGACAGCCUGUCUCACCACGAUCUGCACCACAAGCAGCAGGGGAAUCUCCACUCUAGCACCUGGAGCACCUCCUCCUCUUCCUUCACUGACCUUUGUGUCUGCAGUUGUUUCUCUCACAUAUUCUCACUACUCUCUCUGUCUGCAGUUGCUGAUGUCUAGGUUUUUCUCCCUCAUUUUUAAAUAUGU